UGGUGGAGGUGGUGGUUUCACCUUGGGUUUGCCCACACGCCUGGGUAUCCAAUCUUCAAUGGCAGCGGGUAGUUCGUAAAGACUCGUAAUCUCUGCCAGCCACAGCAGUCCCCUGGGAAUCGUGUCCAGAACCGCCUUGGCGCAAUUGGCAGUGAACUGUGUGAUCAGAAAAAGUAAGUAAGUGUAAUCAGUUAAAUAGUAUAUGAAUAUUUACUCACCGUGAGAGCGGAUCCCAGUUCAAAGGUGAGCCAGCGCUUCUGGCGAUGGAGCAGAUGGAUCUUCUCGUGCAUGUAGGUCACGCCUCUAUUCCCGGAGUUGGACUUCAGCAUUAGGGAUGUAGUACCAUUUCCUGCCGCAACUAAGGCCAGUAAAAUGGCCAAAAGCGCCACGCGUAACCAUAUUAAGCUUGCCAUGGCGAAGCUGGCCAAGAACUGAGUAACCAGCCUGCUGCCGGAGCGACACUUAACUCCAGAUUGAAUAAGUAAUGUUCCCAUUCCGUUCGCGUGGCUAUCCAAUUUGUUCCGGAGCCGCUAUUUGGUCAAGGCAUUAUGGUGUGGAAAGGGGUCACUUGGCCGGGCUCUAAUUCAAUUAACAAGUUGCCAUUUUGAUCGAACGCUGAGACAAAGAGCUGGAAUUAUGAUUCAGUUGGAAUUAUGUCUGCGACUUGGCUGACACUCGUGUGCGCGGCAUGGCUUUUGGGCGAAUGCCAGAGCAGUUUGCCGGAUGAAUUUGCUCCGCUGGCGACGAGUCACGAAGCCGGCAAAGUCAACAAUGUCACGCUGACUCCGCCAGGACUCGGCAUCGUCGCUCAACAGGGGAAACAGGACUUCGAUCGGGACCAGGACUUGGACCAGGACCCACUGACACCACAUGCGGCCCCAUCGUCGCAGCGGAAACUCUCUAGAGGCAAGCGCUUUGUGGCCUUUCCACAGGGUUCAUCAGCAUCGGGCGCUGUCUGCCUGACCACCGGUGUCAUUGGCAACCCCAACCUGCUGUACCUCAGUUUGGGCAUCAAUUGGGGCGUCGCCUACGACUUGCCCAAUGUCACCUGGGUGCUGCAGAAUGCCCACGGGUGGACCACAAAGAAGUCGGCCAAGGCGCAAAUCAAGCGCAGACAUCGACGUGAGCUCUAUGGCCGCCUGGAGACAAUGAUAGACAGCCGUGAUUUAUGGUCACCGCCAACAUUGAUGACUAUGAUGAAACGUGCGGAUGACUCCACCACAUCCACGCCAGAGUCUCUGGUUACAGCCUCGCAUCUGUUGCAUCGCCGUUGGCAGCGAGUGCUCAGUCGCCCGAAGCGCUAUCUCAGCUUUCCCGAGGGCUCCUCGUUUUCCGUGGCCGUCUGCUUCACCGUGGGCAUCAUUGGUAAUCCGUACUAUGGCUACAACAGUUUCGGCCUGAAUUGGGGUGUGGCCUACGACCUGCCGAAUACCACGUGGGUGCUGCAGCAUCUGCACGGCUUUGCCACGCAUCCUGUGGCUCCAGCAGUCCUGCGUAGAAGGUCGAGGAGCGCCAUCUACCGGCAGAUCGAGUCGGUUGUGGAUAACAUGGGCUACAAUGGACGUGACUGCAUCUUGAGAACCCUUUGCGAGAGUCGCCAGUACUUCCAGCGCACCAAGAUGAGCAUGGUGGGCGAGAUGCUGCGCACCAUAUUCAGCUUGCCGAAGCAGAGGAUUUUCACACGGGAACUGCACGAGAAUGCGGAUAUAGUGCACUAUGAUCAGGCAUAUCGCAAUGCACAUACCGACGACUGCACGCAGUACAACUGCCAUUUCUCCUUGCUGGAACUGGCAUUUGGAAAAUAUACCACACCGCCGAAAAAUUAUUACGCCUAAUAAAUUUCCGAUUCCUAAAA